AUGUCAAGUUCAAUCUUCGAAGAUGGCUUCUCCUCCGAUCGGCUCUUCAACCAGGGCUACUCCUACACCUACGAUGACGUCAUCUUCCUUCCUCACUACAUCGACUUCCCCACCGACUCCGUCCAUUUGCCCACCAGACUCAGCCGCCGCGUCCCCCUCUCGAUCCCCUGCGUCUCGUCCCCCAUGGACACCGUCACCGAGGCCCACAUGGCCAUUUCCAUGGCCGCCCUCGGGGGCAUCGGCAUCAUCCACUCCAACACGACGCCGUCUGAGCAAGCCCACAUGGUUAAAGCCGUCAAAUCUCGCCGCGUCCCGGUUCUCUCCAAUCCCGUUUUCAAAUCCCCAAGCGAUCGAAUCCAAUCCGAUGACGUCUUCGACUCUUCCAACCCCUACGUCCUGGUCACUGAGAAUGGGAGUCCCAGUUCGAAGCUUUUGGGGUACGUGGCGGGUAGAGAUUGGGCGAAAUUAGGAGACAAGGAGGUGAAGAUUUACGAUUACAUGGUGAACUGUACGGACUUAACGGUGCCGUGGAGUUACGAUUUGGGGCGGAUUGGGGAGCACAUGGAGGAGAAAAGGCGAGAUGUGGUGGCUACUGUGAGGGACGAUGAGGUUGUGGAUGUGGUGGCGAAGGAGGAGGUGGAGAGGAUUAAAGGGUACCCGAAAUUGGGGGUGGGGACGGUGGGGCCCAACGGGGCGUGGCGGGUCGGGGCGGCAAUCGGGACAAGGGAGACAGAUAAGGAGAGAUUGGAGGGGUUGGUGAAGGCAGGGGUUGAUGUGGUGGUGUUGGACAGCUCUCAGGGGAACUCCAUUUAUCAGAUUGAGAUGAUUAAGUAUGUGAAGAAAACUUACUCGAAUUUGGAUGUGGUUGGUGGGAAUGUGGUGACGGUGAGUCAGGCGCAGAAUUUGAUUCAGGCUGGUGUUGAUGGGUUGAGGGUUGGAAUGGGAUCUGGCUCCAUUUGUACCACACAAGAGGUCUGCGCCGUCGGGCGGGGGCAGGCAACUGCUGUUUACAAGGUUGCAUCUAUUGCUUCACAAAGUGGGGUGCCUGUCAUUGCUGAUGGUGGAAUUUCCAAUUCUGGACACAUUGUCAAGGCUUUGGUCCUUGGGGCUUCAACUGUCAUGAUGGGAAGCUUCUUAGCUGGAAGCACUGAGGCUCCUGGGGCUUAUGAGUAUCAGAAUGGUCGUCGAAUAAAAAAAUAUCGAGGCAUGGGAUCUCUUGAAGCAAUGACAAAAGGCAGCGACCAAAGGUACUUGGGUGAUACAGCUAAGCUGAAAAUUGCACAGGGCGUGGUUGGGGCAGUUGCAGACAAAGGUUCUGUUUUGAAGUUCAUACCUUACACAAUGCAAGCUGUGAAACAAGGUUUCCAAGAUCUUGGUGCUUCUUCUCUGCAAUCUGGUCACGACCUCCUAAGAACCAGCGUUUUAAGGCUAGAGGUAAGAACAGGAGCAGCACAAGUAGAAGGUGGAGUUCAUGGGCUGGUUUCUUAUGAGAAGAAGUCAUUUUGA